GCAGGCACUUCCGUUCUCGGAGUGUGAGGUUGCUGCAGUAUUUUUCUGGGGUGGUACGCCCGUUCCGCGCCUCACUGGCCCGUGCAAACUUUCUGCAUCUAUGCUCAGGAUCCGCGAUGACUCUGCGACCGACUUAGGGGAAAAGGAGCCUCCGCGGCGGACGCUGCUUACGUAGGGCGAGGCACUGCCAGGCAUACACUUCUGUCUUCCUGGGAUCUGUAUCACUCAGGACUCUGCGCAUCCCCAGAACUAGGAGGAAAAAUGACCAAAUUUAAGGAAGAACUGACAUUCAAGGACGUGGCUGUGGUCUUUACGGAGGAGGAACUGGGGCUGCUGGACUCUGUCCAGAGGAAGCUGUAUCGAGACGUGAUGCUGGAGAACUUCCGGAACCUGGUCUCAGUGGGAGGAAAGAUCCAAAGUAAGAUAGAGAAUGUGCCAGAAGCAGAGCCACAUGAAGAGUUUUCCUGCUGGCAUAUCUGGCAACAGAUUGCAAGUGACUUAACCAAACAUCAAGAUUCUGUGAUGAAGAGUUCUCAGUUUUCCAAACAAGGUGAUUUGCUUGGCCAGGUUGGUGCAGGACAGUCUAUAAAUCAAAUAGGCCAGAAACCUUACCAGUGUAAUGAAUGUAAAAAAUACUUCAAUGAUGUCUCCAACUUUGAUCUUCAUCAACAAAUACAUUCAGGAGAGAAGUCUCAUACAUGUGGUGAGUGUGGAAAAAGCUUCUGUUAUAGCUCAGCGCUCCGUAUUCAUCAGAGAGUUCACUUGGGAGAGAAACGCUACAAGUGUGAUAAGUGUGGUAAGGAAUUCAGUCAGAGUUCACAUCUGCAAACUCAUCAGAAAGUCCACACUGUAGAGAAACCAUUCAAAUGUGAGCAGUGUGGGAAAGGCUUCAGUCGUAGAGCAACACUAACUGUUCAUUGUAAAUUACACUUGGGAGAGAAACCUUAUAACUGUGACAAAUGUGGAAGGGCCUUCAUUCAUGCUUCACAUCUUCAGGAGCACCAGAGAAUCCACACUGGGGAGAAACCAUUCAAAUGUGAUAUAUGUGGGAAGAACUUCCGUCGUAGAUCAGCACUUAAUAGCCAUUGUAUGGUGCACACAGGAGAGAAACCAUACAAAUGUGAGGACUGUGGGAAGUGUUUCACUUGUAGUUCAAAUCUUCAUAUCCAUCAGAGAGUCCACACAGGAGAGAAACCAUAUAAAUGUGAAGAAUGUGGUAAGUGUUUCAUUCAGCCAUCACAAUUUCAGGCCCAUCGGAGAAUCCACACUGGAGAGAAACCUUAUGUAUGUAAAGAGUGUGGUAAGGGCUUCAUUUACAGUUCAAGUUUUCAAGCACAUCAGGGAGUUCACACAGGGGCAAAACCAUACAAAUGUGAGGAGUGUGGGAAGAGCUUUAGGAUGAAAAUCCAUUACCAAGUUCAUCAGGUGAUCCACACAGGAGAGAAACCCUACAAAUGUGAGGUAUGUGGGAAGGGCUUCCGUCAAAGUUCAUACCUUAAAAUCCAUCAAAAGGCCCAUUGUGUGGAGAAACCUUACAAGUGUGAAGAGUGUGGACAGGGCUUCAAUCAGAGUUCACGACUUCAGAUUCACCAGCUGAUCCAUACUGGGGAGAAACCAUACAAAUGUGAAGAGUGUGGGAAGGGAUUCAGUCGUAGAGCAGAUCUUAAAAUUCACUGUAGAAUCCACACAGGAGAGAAACCAUAUAAUUGUGAGGAGUGUGGGAAAGUCUUCAGUCAGGCCUCACAUCUUCUGACCCAUCAGAGAGUCCACAGUGGAGAAAAGCCAUUCAAAUGCGUUGAGUGUGGGAAGGGCUUUGGUCGGAGUUCACACCUUCAAGCCCAUCAAAAAGUCCACACUGGGGAAAAGCCAUACAAAUGUGAUGAGUGUGGGAAGGGCUUCAAGUGGAGUUUGAAUCUUGAUAUGCAUCAGAGGGUACACACCGGAGAGAAACCAUAUAAGUGUGGGGAGUGUGGUAAGCACUUCAGUCAGGCCUCGAGUCUUCAACUUCAUCAGAGUGUCCAUACUGGAGAGAAACCAUACAAAUGUGAUGCAUGUGGCAAAGUCUUCAGUCGCUCUUCACAACUUCAGUAUCACAGGCGAGUUCACACAGGAGAGAAACCUUACAAGUGUGAAAUAUGUGGUAAAAGCUUCAGUUGGAGAUCAAAUUUUGUAAGUCAUCGCAGAAUCCACGCUGGUGAUGCAUUUCACAAAGGUGGAGAGAGUGGUAAGACCAUCAGAGAAUUGUCAGAGGAAAGAGGUUCUACAAAAUGAUCUUUCUUUAAAAACUCAUGUACAAUCCAAAUUCUUAUCAGGUUUCA